GCGAAGACGACCUGGGGCGGGACUGCGAGGCCAGGGUCCCUUUCGCUUUCCCUUUACUUUUUUCCAACCGCCGCUGAGAUUUCGCACGGCUCCCGCUGACGCACCGACAAAUCGACAAGCAACGCUGGAAGCAAAUGAGUCGCGGGGGCGCCCCGUAGCGGAGGAGCCUCGCACGCCAUGCAAUCCCCGCCGGACUGGCCCCCGGAGCCUGGCGCCCUCCGACCCUCGCCCUUCCCGCACCCUGUGUUGCAUGCCCUCCACAGCUUGGCCCGCAUGCUGCUCUUCCCGGCCUACUGGACCCUGGACCAGCUGCUGGGCUGCUGGGCGCCAGUGGCGCACCCCAGCGGCCUGAGAUGGCUGAGUGCAGCCGCGCGAGCGGGAGCGGCGCUGCUGCUGCUGCUGCUCGUCGGCCUGCCGCUGGCCCUGCCGGGCCUGCUGCUCUGGCUGCUGCUGCAAGCCUGGCGCCGCCCCUUCUGCUACCAGCCCCCUCCGCAGUGCUGGGAGCCACCGGUGCCCUGGCGCCCCCCAGCUGAGCCCACUCGCUGCUUCAGCUUCCUCAGCGCCAACCUGUGUUUGCUCCCCGACGGGCUAGCACGCUUCAGCAACUUACAGCACAGCCAGCGGCGGGCCGAUGCUGUGAGCUCCGUGCUGCUCACCGGCCUGCGGCCCUCGCGCUAUGGGGCUACUGGCUGUAGCCCGCCACAGCCCGGGGCGCCUUGCGGGGUGCUGAUAGCCGCAGUGCCUGCGGGUCUGGACUUCGUGUGCCUGCAGGAGGUGUUUGAUCUGCGCGCAGCGCGCCGUCUGGUGAGCUGCCUGGCGCCCAAUCUGGGCCCAGUGCUGUACGACGUGGGCACGUUCGGCCUGCAGCAUGGGCCGCACCUCAAGCUGCUGGGCAGCGGACUGCUGCUGGCCUCGCGCUACCCGCUGUUGGGCGCCGUCUUCCGGUCCUUCCCCAACGCUCGGCGCGAGGACGCGCUGGCCUCCAAGGGACUGCUUUCUGCACAGGCGCAGCUGGGAAUCCUGGACGGGCGCCGUAUCGUGGGCUUCCUGCAUUGCACGCAUUUGCAUGCGCCGAGUGAGGACGGGCCCUUGCGCUGUAAACAGCUGACGCUGCUGCUGGACUGGGCUGAGCAGUUUGAGGCCGAGAGCCGCCAGAGUGACGACGCCGUGGCCUUCAGCGUGCUCUUGGGUGACCUGAACUUCGACAAUUGCUCGCUAGAUCACGCGCAGGAGCAGGAGCAUCAGCUCUUCAGCCGUUUCCAGGACCCCUGCCGCCUGGGCACACGCCGGGAGCAGCCCUGGGCCCUGGGAACGAUACUGAGCACUUCCAUGCUCCGCCAUUCUGUGGCCUGCUCCCCGGAGAUGCUGCGGAGGGCCCUGGAGCGGGAAGAAGGGCGCCACCGCUACCUGGCAGGCCCUCCCCACGGAGGCGGCCGGGCUAAGCCUUGGCAGGGCCGGCGCCUGGACUACAUCACCUACCGGGGAGCGCCCACAGGUCCGCUGAACCCAGUAAGUGCCAGAGUUCAGGGCGCUGGGCCCUCUGGCGCUGGGGCAACCCCUCAACCUGACUCCCGCCCCCAGGAGGUGGAACAGGUGACAUUCAGCACCGCCUUGGCGGGGCUCACAGACCACCUGGCCGUGGGACUUCGGCUCCGAGUUUCAAUGCCCUCCUAAGGCAGACACCGGCGCGAUUCGCCGCCGGGUGGAAAGACAGACAAGGACAGAGCGUGAGCAUGGCUGGUCGCUUCGGGAACAGGGCGACUUAAUGACUCUUUUAUUGUGUGGGCCCUCCCUCACACAGCCUCCUGGGCUCUGCGGUACUCGUAGACGCUGCCCCGCUCUGGAAAGGCCGAGGGCUGCUGGGGCGACCCCGGAGGUGGGGCAGGGUCCUGCGGGUCCCCGUAGCCCCCGCCACCUGGUGUGUGGAGGCAGAACACGUCCUGUGGAGCAGAGGGGCGGGUUCAGCGAGGGCAUGGUCACCGCCUGCCUCCCGCUGCAGUUCCAUCCCCACAGCCGCAUCCACGGCACUGGCCUGGGCCCCAGGGGCCGGGUGUCCAGCCCCCCUUCCUUCAGGAGCUAAAUUAAACUGGAAUUAUUUUUGCAA